AUGGCCGCUGCCCGCCUCGCACGGGGGCCGGAGCUCCUGCUCCUGGCGCUGCUGCUGCUGCUAGGGGCCCCGGGCCGGGGGGCGGCCUUGAGCGGGAACGCUACCCGGCCGGGGCCCUGGAGCGCGGGCGGGAGCGCGAGAAGGAGCGCGGCCGUGACCGGCCCUCCGCCGCUGCUGAGCCACUGCGGCCGGGCCGCCCCCUGCGAGCCGCUGCGCUACAACGUGUGCCUCGGCUCGGCGCUGCCCUACGGGGCCACCUCCACGCUGCUGGCCGGGGACUCCGACUCCCAGGAGGAGGCGCACGGCAAGCUCGUGCUCUGGUCGGGCCUCCGGAACGCCCCACGCUGCUGGGCAGUGAUCCAGCCCCUACUGUGUGCUGUGUACAUGCCUAAGUGUGAGAACGACCGGGUGGAGCUGCCCAGCCGUACCCUCUGCCAGGCCACCCGCGGCCCCUGUGCCAUCGUGGAGAGGGAGCGGGGCUGGCCCGACUUCCUGCGCUGCACCCCCGACCACUUCCCCGAGGGCUGCCCGAAUGAGGUGCAGAACAUCAAGUUCAACAGUUCCGGCCAAUGCGAGGCUCCCUUGGUUCGGACUGACAACCCCAAGAGCUGGUAUGAGGAUGUGGAGGGCUGUGGGAUCCAGUGUCAGAACCCGCUCUUCACCGAGGCCGAGCACCAGGACAUGCACAGCUACAUCGCGGCCUUUGGGGCUGUCACGGGCCUCUGCACACUCUUCACCCUGGCCACAUUUGUGGCUGACUGGCGGAACUCCAAUCGCUACCCCGCCGUCAUCCUCUUCUAUGUCAAUGCAUGUUUCUUCGUGGGCAGCAUUGGCUGGCUGGCCCAGUUCAUGGAUGGGGCCCGCCGGGAGAUCGUCUGCCGUGCUGAUGGCACCAUGAGGCUCGGGGAGCCCACCUCCAAUGAGACCCUGUCCUGCGUCAUCAUCUUUGUCAUCGUGUACUACGCCCUGAUGGCCGGCGUCGUCUGGUUUGUGGUCCUCACCUACGCCUGGCACACUUCCUUCAAAGCCCUGGGGACCACCUACCAGCCUCUCUCGGGCAAGACUUCGUACUUCCACCUGCUCACGUGGUCACUCCCCUUUGUCCUCACUGUGGCAAUCCUCGCCGUCGCCCAGGUGGACGGGGACUCUGUGAGUGGCAUCUGUUUUGUGGGCUAUAAGAACUACCGAUACCGUGCUGGUUUCGUGCUGGCCCCCAUUGGCCUGGUGCUCAUUGUGGGAGGUUACUUCCUCAUCCGAGGAGUCAUGACCCUGUUCUCCAUCAAGAGCAACCACCCUGGGCUGCUGAGCGAGAAGGCAGCCAGCAAGAUCAAUGAGACCAUGCUGCGUCUGGGCAUUUUUGGCUUCCUGGCCUUUGGCUUUGUGCUCAUCACCUUCAGCUGCCACUUCUACGACUUCUUCAACCAGGCUGAGUGGGAGCGCAGCUUCCGGGACUACGUGCUAUGCCAGGCCAAUGUGACCAUCGGGCUGCCCACCAAGAAGCCCAUCCCUGACUGUGAGAUCAAGAACCGCCCCAGCCUCCUGGUGGAGAAGAUCAACCUAUUUGCCAUGUUUGGAACUGGCAUUUCCAUGAGCACCUGGGUCUGGACCAAGGCCACGCUGCUCAUCUGGAGGCGCACCUGGUGCAGGUUGACGGGGCAGAGUGAUGAUGAACCCAAACGGAUCAAGAAGAGCAAGAUGAUUGCCAAGGCCUUCUCCAAGCGGCGGGAGCUGCUGCAGAACCCAGGCCAGGAGCUCUCCUUCAGCAUGCACACCGUCUCCCACGAUGGGCCUGUGGCGGGCUUGGCCUUUGACCUCAAUGAGCCCUCAGCCGACGUGUCCUCUGCCUGGGCCCAGCACGUCACCAAGAUGGUGGCCCGGAGAGGCGCCAUACUGCCCCAGGAUGUGUCUGUCACCCCAGUGGCAACGCCAGUGCCCCCGGAGGAAAAAGCCAACCUGUGGCUGGUUGAGGCAGAGAUCUCCCCGGAGCUGGAGAAGCGCCUGGGCCGGAAGAAGAAGCGGAGGAAGAGGAAGAAGGAGGUGUGCCCGCUAGUGCCACCCCCGGAGCUUCACCUCCCCGCCCUGGGCCCUGCCCCCGCCCCUAGUGCGGUCCCUCGGCUGCCACAGCUGCCCCGACAGAAGUGCCUGGUGGCGGCAGGUGCCUGGGGACCUGGGGAAUCCUGCCAACCUGGAGCCUGGACCCUGGUCUCCAACCCCUUCUGCCCAGAGCCCAGCGCCCCAGCCCCGGUGGCCUGGGUGCAGGGCCGCCGGCAGGGACUGGGGCCCAUUCACUCCCGCACCAACCUGAUGGAGGCGGAACUCAUGGAUGCAGACUCCGACUUCUGAGCCUGAAGAGUAGGACCUGCAACAAAAGGAGGAACAAAUACCGUUCGGAGGAUUUUCUUCCUCCCUGAGAGUGCUUCUCUCCAGGAUCUCAUCUUCCCGAGCACCUGAGUGCCCAGUGCCUUCCCGGGAGAGUUCAGUGUGGACGGCUCACAGCACCAGGACUGUAGGAAGGAGCCCUGACAUCUCCAUGGAUAGGCCUCACCGGGGCAGGGCCCUGGAGGUCAGGGUCCUUGAUUCUGCCCCACCUGGCUGGCAGCAUCAGGAUCCAGCGGGGUCAUGGGUAUGCAGAGCUCCUAGUGUGGCGGUAAAGGUGCAAGCAAGGCUGCAUGGGCUUGCAUGCAUACUUGCAUGGGCUGUGGUGGCCAGCCCCUGUCUGGCAGAUGAGGGCUGGCUGGCCUUGUUUGUGCCAAUGGGUGCCCUUCCUUGGCACUCUCAGACCAAAAGUGUUCAUUGAGUCAUUAUCCCUUUGUCCACCUGAGGACAGAGCUCCUUUCUCCCCUUUCCAGUUGGUUGUGGGGCUGGGAGUAUUUACUCCCAUAGGGGCAGUAACCUCUCUUAAAAGUGUCCAGCUGGCUGCACCAUAGGCCAGUAACCCACCCUGGGUGUUGUGGCACCCUCCUUUCCCCUUUCCCAUUUUGGUUCAACCAGGCCAGCCUCUUCCUGUUUGCUGUUUGUUGAUUAGGACGCAGAGUUGCAGCAUUUUCCACCCUGCCCCCACGCCCUACCCCUUUGCCGCUGGACUCCAUCUCCAGGUGAGAGGUUGGUUCAGCCAUAGAGCCUGGCAUGGUGGAGAAGCUGCGAGUGAUGGGAAGCCUCUGGGCCUCAGAGAGAUGCAUGCUAUCUCUCGGGGGAUGGAUCCUCUGACUGAGGAACUACCCUUGGGAAGCUGCUGACAUUUCAGCCAGGCAGGAACGCUUCCUUCAACUUCCAUAGUCGGCGAGUGAAGAGGUUCCCACCUCUCAUUACCCCCAUCCAAGGCCCCAGUGUCAAGAACCAGACAGCAGGGAGGUUUAGCAGCUGGCUGGGUUCCAGAUCAGAGGGUAGGGAUAA